CAGGGCGGGCGGCGGGGAGGGAGGAGAAGGGAGGCAAGAAAGUAGCAGAAAGUGAGGCUGGCAGCCGGCAGCAAAGGAGCCGGGCGAGCGGCGGCAGGAAGUCUGUGCCCGAGACGCGCAGAAAUAAGAGCCAGGGAGGGACCGCGGCGGCGAGAGUGAAAGAGGAAACUGCAGAAGAGGAAGCUCUGCCGCAGCACAAAGUCUCCUCGGCUCCCGCGCCGAGCAUCCCCGCACCGCCCGCCCAGCCCUCCUGGACCGGCGCGCCGCCGCCCGCGCCUCCGCUGCACUCGCGCCACCGCCCCCCGGCGCCCCCUCCUCGCGCUCCCACCCCGGCCCCCUGCGCCCCUGGCCGCUCUGCUUCGCCGCCCUCCGCGCACGCCGCCCUCAUCUGCCAUGGCCCGGGAGAACGGCGAGAGCAGCUCCUCCUGGAAAAAGCAAGCUGAAGACAUCAAGAAAAUCUUCGAGUUCAAGGAGACCCUCGGAACUGGGGCAUUUUCAGAAGUGGUCUUAGCUGAAGAGAAGGCAACUGGAAAACUCUUUGCGGUCAAGUGUAUUCCCAAGAAGGCGCUGAAGGGCAAAGAAAGCAGCAUUGAGAAUGAGAUCGCCGUCCUGAGAAGGAUUAAGCAUGAGAACAUCGUGGCCCUGGAAGACAUCUAUGAAAGCCCAAAUCACUUGUACUUGGUCAUGCAGCUUGUAUCUGGUGGAGAGCUGUUUGACCGGAUAGUGGAGAAAGGAUUUUACACAGAGAAAGACGCUAGCACUCUGAUCCGCCAGGUCUUGGAUGCGGUCUACUAUCUCCAUAGAAUGGGUAUUGUCCACAGAGACCUCAAGCCUGAGAACCUGUUGUACUACAGCCAAGAUGAGGAGUCCAAAAUCAUGAUCAGUGACUUUGGAUUGUCCAAAAUGGAAGGCAAAGGAGACGUGAUGUCCACAGCGUGUGGGACCCCAGGCUAUGUCGCUCCUGAAGUCCUCGCCCAGAAGCCCUACAGCAAAGCCGUCGACUGCUGGUCCAUCGGGGUGAUCGCCUACAUCUUGCUCUGCGGCUACCCUCCUUUCUACGACGAAAAUGACUCCAAGCUCUUUGAGCAGAUCCUCAAGGCGGAAUAUGAGUUCGACUCCCCCUACUGGGAUGACAUCUCCGACUCCGCAAAAGACUUCAUUCGGAACCUGAUGGAGAAAGAUCCGAAUAAAAGAUACACCUGCGAGCAGGCAGCUCGGCACCCAUGGAUCGCUGGUGACACAGCCCUCAGCAAAAACAUCCACGAGUCGGUCAGCGCCCAGAUCCGAAAGAACUUCGCCAAAAGCAAGUGGAGACAAGCGUUUAAUGCCACGGCCGUCGUGAGACAUAUGAGAAAACUACAUCUUGGCAGCAGCCUGGACAGUUCAAAUGCAAGUGUUUCGAGCAGCCUCAGUCUGGCCAGCCAAAAAGAUUGUCUGACACCCUCCACGCUCUGUAGUUUCAUGUCCUCUUCGUCCGGGGUCUCAGGAGUGGGAGCGGAUCGGAGACCGAGGCCCACCACUGUGACGACAGUGCACUCUGGAAGCAAGUGACUGGCCCCGGAGGUGGGGCCCGGGGGGCCAGGCCAGGGAAGGGGGCCCCCGGGGGUCACCAGCGCCACCAGCCACUCCAGAGCGAUCCCACCUUGCAUGGUGCGCCUCCCUGCACAGGACUGGAAGACAGCAGUUUUUUUAUGGCCAUAUUUUAUACUGCAAUUCUGAAGUGUUCAUUUCUCACAAACUGUACUGACUCAAGGGAGCUGACUUAAUAGGAUUUGGUGCUGUACAUAUGAAUCUCGCAAAGCUCUAACAGAACGGACUUUCUCAGUUCCUCUCCCCAAGCCCUGUCGUUCCCGCUCUUCUCAGUAGAGGUAACCGUCUAUGUUGUAUUUUUUCAUUCAUGACAAAAAAAAGGUUUCAACUGGAUUAUUUAAGUAUUGGUAAAUAUUGUGCAUUAGGGUUUGUUUUUCUUUUUUUUUUUUCCUUUUAAGAAAUGUGUCCUUUCAAGCUAUACUUCUUAUUUCCAUGACCUGUAUCUUUUGCUUGUCAGGAGUAGAAUUUUAUGUUAACCUUUAAGAGAUUUUUUUUUUCCUUCAAAGGGAAUUUAAAAGUAUUUUUUAAAAUUCUGAUAGAGGAUUGCUCGAGAAUCUGUCUCCAAGGUGAAGAGUGCACUUUACUUCAGUUCCUUCUCCUUGCCUCCCUUUCUUCCUUGGAGGGGCAGUUCUCUGAGAAGAUAACUCACCUUUCCUGCAGGCCUGUUUCCUCCCUGGGAGUUGGGGAGCCCCUGGGAGGGCACCUGCAGAAAACCUUGCCUGGCAGCUCCUCUAGCGAAGCCCUCUCCAAAUCGAGACCCUGGGGCUUCUGGCCAUCGGCGGUCAGAAACGAAGCCGCCUGCUCCCCCAAGGUGAAAGGCUAGACUUGUGAUGAAGGAGAUGACCCCUCUCCCCCAGCAAAAAUUUCAGAGCCUCCCGCACAGAAAGAGCAAGAUGCCAUUUUAUUUGGAGCAAAUUUCUCACACAGCUCUCCUUUCUCAUGAGGAGGGUGGCAUGUGAAAGCCCAGCUAUGCAGUUUAAAAUUGAUCUGUUUUUUAAAAAUGCAUUUCUAAUCUUACAACUGCAAACAGCCUCCAGCUCACACCAGUUGUUUCUGCAAGUGUUUACGCUGUUCUUAGAGGGUGAGGAUCCGGAGAAGGGAAGAGAGGGCAAUGACCUUGGAAAAGACCCCAUUGAUGUGAGGUGGUGAGGAGAGGUGACCUGCCCGGCCAGUGGGACGCUGAACACUGCAGUGAGAACCAGAGACCACCCUAGCCAGGCCCAGCUGGCAUGCAAAGCCAUCCCUCUGACGAAGGGAAUCCCCAAACCAAAGAUCUGAGAGGGUGGGGUCCCCAGUGGUCCCAGGUUUUCCAGGACUGAAGGAUUUCCCAGAAUAUAGGACUUUCAAACCAGCAGUGUCCCAGGAAAACUGGGCCACGUUGUUCACCCACGUGGUGGACAGGUGUGCAUGAUAGAGCGAGCACAGUGUGAAACCCAGGACAAAGCACUUCUCCACGAGAGUUCCAAGAUGCUGUCAUGAAGAGGCGAGCAGGUGGUGCCAGAUGCAAAAGCCCUCCCUCAGCCCUCGUGCCCACACGACGCCCCGAGCCUGCAUCCGCAGUCGGCCUCGAGCCGCAGUGGGCCCCUGCACGUCUUCUUGGUGGUCCCAUGACUCCCCUUGUCCUCGUGCUCUUCUCCCGCAGAGAGUCACACUCAGUGCAUCCUGUUGGUCAGGCUUUGUCACUUCUACACCUUUGCCUGGGUGUAGGCCAAAUGUUCAGUGAUGGCCCCCUCAGCGCACGCGUGCGCGCGUGCGCACACACACACACACACACAGUGUUAUGAGGCUCAACAGCUGCAUUCUGCCUCCUUCAGGACAGCAGUGCAGCUGUGUGUAAGAGCUGCUGGAAAGACAGGCAUCUGGUCCACCCCAUGUCCACUGCAUCACAGACACUCAGCCCCUUGACAGGGAUCCCACUUGACAUCUGCCAUACGUGUAUCCAGAGUGGAAAUCAAGCUGCUACUCUUCAAAAUUUGUAAAAAGUCUGGAAAUGUCUAUAAAAUGACAGAAGACCCAGUUAAGAGGCAAGUAUUGCCUCAUUUGGAGGACAAUAGCAUGAAUAUUAUAAACAGAAUCAGAAAACUGAGGCAUGUCUCACAGGACUUUAGUAGAAUGUUGCUUGCUAACACGUGUAGUGGAAGAUCCAGGUUCCUAGAGUAUAAGAGGAGAAGUCCUUAGAUGCUAUGGAGGAAGGGUGAUACUUUGCCUGAAUCUGAUACUUAGAACGUGUGCCCAAAUAGUUACCAGCUCCUUGAACUGUGCGCUACACAGUCAUUUGCAGUUGGAAAGCAGCAUCUGAAGCCAGAUUUAUUGGUGGUAAAUUAUUUUCUGGAGCUGAAGUGUGGGAUGCAUGUUCUAUGCAAUUAAGUUUGAAAAUAUGUUCUACCUGAAAAGUGCAGAAGAGCUGAAAGACAGGCAGGUUGCAGGUGUCUCUUUGUGAUUUGGGGUCAGUUCUUGGCCAUGGUUGGCCACAUCAGGUCUCAGUAUCAAACUGCAAGAAGAUAGUGACUGUUUCAGCCCAAAAGUAGACUCUGUUGAACUUGACAUCAGGUGAAUCUCUGCUGUCUGGAUGCCUCCAGACUCAGGUUUUUUCCCCAUUGUUUUAGGAAGAGGAGAAAAUAAGCCCCACAUGGAAAAGCUUCUCUGCUCAGAGAGCCUUAGUGGUUAAAAAAUGGAGGUUCUCUUUCAACCGUGUUAUUUACACUUGAUUACAACACAGGAGGAGAACUCGGAAUAUGCCUUUUGGUACACCUGCCAAGUGGAGUGGCAGAAUCCUAGGACCCUCACUGAUGUCAGAUUAUACCAACAGAAGCUGAGCUUUUCAUAGGGGCACCCGGCUUGCCCAUCCCCUCAAGGCCAGUGCGUGUGGGUAGGCUAAGGAUGCACCGUGGACUACAUCACAGGCUUCCUUCCAACACCCCCCACCCCCACCAACUUGGUCUCUUCACCUCCUCAGAGCAAGUGGGUUAUUUUUCUUAUUUGAAAGAGUGUCUUCGAAUGGUCUUGCCCUCAGCUGCCUGCCUGUCUCUCCUUCACUUCCCUGAUUUUCAUCUCAUCCAUGAGGCCAUCAAGGAGGCUAGCGUUUGUCUGAAACAGAGCGUACACCCAAGUGUGCCCUGACAGACUUUUGAGCAAGUCCCAGCCCUUCAGCUGGCUCUGAGCGUAGCGUCCAGGGAACUGGGCAGUCGGACUUAGAGCUGACCAGACAAGUGUCUGGCACUCAGGGAGCAUGAGCUGGUGAAAGGCCUGUGACACACGUCCGCCCGCUCAGUCUACCUGCAGCUCCAAUCUCAUCCUGUUUACUUGUCCCCCGUGGUGUCCAGAAGAUCUGGGCGGAUUAUGAAUGGAAGAGGAAGACCCCCCUCCUUUAGAAUGAAGGCCCAAAACACUAGGGACAAAGGGACAGAAGGCAAGUGGUCCCUCCUUGCAGAGAAAGGGGUUGACCCUUUCUUUGCAGGAGUGACAGCUUGAUGAAUGCCCUGGCGUUUGAUGUGUUGUGAGAAAAGACUGUAUCCCAGUGGAGAUAACUAAGUAUUUUAAGGCUUUGGCCACCAUGGCCCCCUCACCCAGCCAGGGCCUGGGUUGUGUUGAUUCUUCACCUUGGAGAAAGUGUGAGGGUGGGAGAAGGAGGGUUAUGGCCUCUGUGUUUCGCCUGCAACACUUUAGACUUGCCAACUUUCUGUGGUCUCUGCAAGCUCCCUUCUGGGCUUCCUCUGGUUGUGAAAAUGGACAGCAAGGCCCAGUAGAGGGCAGUUCCUCCCAUUUCCAUAAGCAGAAAUAAGAUGUGCUCUUUCCCAGGGUCUCACUGUCACUUCUGGCAAAUGGAAUGAAGGUCCUCUGAAUCAACUGAUGCACGAAACCUUUGCAUGUUCUUCUGAAACAAUACUGCUUCCCGUUCUGUCCACUUACACUCUGCAGAGUUGGCCUUUUCCUUAAACACAUUCCAGACCAAACACUGUUCAGUUUGUUUUUUUUAAAAAAUGUAUAUACCAGUUUGUAACCCACCACUUUUUGCAAGGGACAGGGGGCUGGUCCUAGGUUGGGGCUGCAAGCUGGCCAGAGAGUGUUCCAGUUGGUUUUCAGAAUUGAAAAAGUUGAGAUAGGAAGGGUGAAUUGGGCAGAUUUCUAAAAGGGGAGCUUAAUUCACAGAGAUGCCAAGAAAACCAGCCUGCCAAUGAGAUUGCUUGACACUUCUACAUUGGCCAGAAGGCAGGGAGAAGAAAGAGGAAGGCAGGAGGCCCAAGCCCCCUUCAGCCCUGACCUUCAGUGUGGUCCCAGUGCAUCGAUCCCGUGUACAAUCUGCAGCCCAGCACAAGGCACAGGAGCCCAGCCCCACUGUGAAGUCGGCCCUGCAUGCUGGCCGCAACCUGGCCCACCUCCUGCUCUGGGCCAGAUGGAACCGGCGGGAGCAUCAGUCUCUCCCACCUUCCCUGCCACUUGUAGCAGGAGCAGCCGUGCUUGUGGCUCCGGGGCCUCUGCUUCUGCAAAUCCAAAGGCUGUUCAUUUGGCAGCCAACCCUGCAGCAUGUGGCUGCCAGGUCUGGUUUCGUGGACAAAGUGUGGAAUGGCUUCUUGGUGUCUGUAUCUCUCUCUACACCAAAGGGACUGACUACUGCAUUUCCCCCUUUGUACUAAUGCUGCUUCUGCAUUCGCCAUAUCCAUUUUUAACCUUUUGGUCUCCAGGGAACUUCUCAUAUGAUGAUUGUGUCUUCUGAUGAUUUACCAACUUCUUUUACUUCGAGGUGAUUUUAUUUUCUUAUGGACAGGAAAAAAGAAAACGAAAGGAGUGUUGAGGCUUUCGUCACAGAGAUAAGAUAUCACCAGGAACUCAAAAGCCCCAAACACUGGAUAAAUUACUUCUCAAAGAAAAACCUUAAUCUGGACAGACUGAGGUUCCUGGGCCCUCGUGGUAACCUUGCACUUGAAGGAGGAGGUGCUGGGGCAGCGCUGGCAGCCAGGCUCUUGACAUAUUAUAAAAACAAAAACAUUGUGAUAAUGACAAAAAUGCUACAACCUUGCAGCAGCAUCUUUGUUUUGCAAGACAGGCAGCAUGUUUCAGAGAACAUUUAUCUUAGCCCCAUGUUCAGGUUGAAAGAUAUUAAUACAAAAGGUACAUUCUGUCCAGAAUAAAAUUUGGAACAAUUUCUAAAUUGGCUCUGGUCACUGCAAUAAUGCCAUAGUCCUUCUUGCAGCUCUCCCAACAGUGAGCAUGUUUUCCAAAAGCUUAUAACAUUGAACCCAGGAAUGUCCCUGUGUCUAUUAUUACUAGGCUUGUAAUUGGUUCAAUUUUUCCAUAAAAACAUGCUUGUCCAAAAGAAGGGAAACUGUGCAUUUAUUCCAUGCAUGUAAUAAACUCUGCAAGAAGUUUACUCCACAUAGGUUUGUGGCACUGCAAAAUUGUUAACGGGCCUGUGUAGCAAAUGAUUCUCUGCCUUGACAAUCAUGUACACAUAUCAAGAUUUCUAUCAUAAUGAUGAUGAGAUUGAUGACUUCUUGUUUUCCUCCAAUAAAGACAAUUAAUCACCUUCA